UAUCAUAAUAUAUCUGAAUAAUUAGUUAAUAAAAAUUAGUUAAUAGUAAUUGUGCUGGAUGCAUUGUAAAAUCAAUUGCAAAUACUAUCAGGCUUCAGCUAUAAUACAAUAUGAAUUUACUGUCUGAAAAUGAUGAAACACAAUCACUGAUAAAAAAACAAAAACUGAGGUGUAAACAAAAACUAUCAAGGUGUCCCUUCAUUGCUAUAUUAUUCUGUAUUUUGUUUCUGGUUUUUAUUUAUAUUCUAUACAUUUCAAUAAGAAAUGAACCAGAACCUAAUGAAACACAAAAGACAGCUGAACGAACUUUUACUGUUGAUUACGAAAAAAAUGAGUUUCUAAAAGACGGAAAAGUAUUUAGAUAUGUCUCCGGUUCAUUCCACUAUUUUAGAGUUCCUAAACCUUAUUGGAAGGACCGAAUUAAGAAAAUGAAAGCAGCUGGUUUAAAUGCUGUAUCGACUUAUGUAGAAUGGAGUUUACAUGAACCUUAUCCAGGUGUAUACAACUUUGAGGAUAUUGCCGAUUUGGAGUAUUUUCUGAAAUUAGUUCAAGAUGAAGGGAUGUAUUUGUUGCUUAGACCUGGACCAUAUAUAAGCGCUGAAAGAGAUUUGGGUGGAUUUCCAUUUUGGUUAUUAAAUGUGGUUACCAAAAAUCGUCUGCGAACUAAUGAUCCAAGUUAUAAAUAUUAUAUUGCUAAAUGGUUUAAUGUACUUAUGCCUAAAAUCGUUCCAUUUUUAUACGGAAAUGGUGGAAAUAUCAUUAUGGUUCAAGUAGAGAACGAAUACGGAACUUAUUACGCGUGUGACCAUCAGUAUAUGAUAUGGUUAAGAGAUUUAUAUAAAAGUUACGUUAAAUCUAAAGCUAUACUUUACACAACCGAUAUGUGCGGAGAUUCGUAUUUAAAAUGUGGUGUCGUAGCUGAUGUUUAUGCUACCGUUGAUUUUGGCGUUUGGGGUGACGAUCCUGUUAAUCAAUGUUUUGAACUCUUGAAAAAAAUUCAAAAGGGAGGACCAUUUGUUAACUCUGAGUAUUAUAUUGGUUGGGCGUCCUAUUGGGGUUCACCGUUGUCCACGACAAACUCUGAUUUAGUUUUGUCUACUAUGAAAAAAAUAUUAGCUGUGAAUGCUUCCGUAAAUCUUUUUAUGUUCAAUGGAGGGACAAAUUUCGGGUUUACUUCUGGUGCCGCCGAAAAAAAUAAUGAAAAUUAUAAGUCAUCCGUAACUUCAUAUGAUUUCGAAGCUCUACUGAACGAAGCUGGAGAUCCGACCGAAAAGUAUUUUAAAAUUCAAAAAUUACUCAAAGAAACUAAUUUUUCAGUGUCAAAUGAAAUACCCGUUCCAGCUCCUAAAGGUAAUUAUGGAACAUUCACAAUGCAGCCGUUGGUUAAUAUUUUUGAAAAGGUCACGCAACGGAUUAGACCAAUUGAAAGUGAUGUUCCACUUGGUUUCGAAAUCAUGGGUAUAAACUCCGGAUUCGUGAUGUAUGAAACUAUUUUGACAGAUGAACAAAAAUAUGUCACUGCCCCUGUAAACCUUACUAUUAGAAAAGUCAGAGAUCGAGCAACCAUCUUCUUGGACCAGGUACCAGUGAAUAUAAUAACUCGAAAAUAUGAAAAUUUACCUGUGAGCUUAAAUAUAAACAGUACAGUUAAAAAGCUAAGCAUUCUAAUAGAAAACCAAGGAAGAAUCAACCUCGGAAAUUUUACAGAAGAUAAAAAGGGUAUUUUUGAACCUGUAACUUUGGGUAACCAUGUACUGGGUCCAUGGAAGAUGAUAGCAUACCCUUUGAAUGAAACGUCUUGGCUUUCAACUAUCGAACCACAAAAACACAUCGAAUUACCGGCAUUUUAUAAAACAACAUUUACAUUGCCAAAUAAUUUGUCGAAACCUUUGGACACUUACUUGGACCCUACUGGUUGGAAAAAGGGCGUUGCUUUUGUGAAUGGCGUUAAUAUUGGUCGAUACUGGCCAUUAGUUGGACCACAAAUUACUUUAUACGUUCCCGCUUUGUUUCUUAUUCCUUAUCCUGGAGUAAACAGCAUCAUAAUGUUAGAACUGGAACGUGUUCCUAAAAAUUCUUCAAUAUCUUUAGUUGACAAACCUAAUUUGAAUGGUACAGUUAACCCAAUAUUCUAAAUUUCUAAAAAUAAUAUAAUAUAAGUUCAUAAUGUUACAUCGUUUAUUUUAUUAUUGU